UCGAGGGGAAGAAAAUUAACAAGAAAUAGGAAGUAUGAAAAGAAAGACAGUGCUGUCUUCGCUUCAGUGUUUUCAUAAGUGUUUCAAAAUAUUACUGAAGUUAGUUGAAAAACAACUUAAAUGUGAUUUGAAAUUGGAAAAUUUGUAUUUAUGCAUUUGAAACUUAGAAGGGAAAGAUUUAUUAGAUGGAAUUAAUUUUCAGUUUCUGUAUGAGUAAAACCAAGCAACACACACAAAAAAAGUACUCAGAAAACAGUAGACAUAAUCACAUUCCCCAAAGACUUGUGUAAUAUCUCGGGUUUUAGGUGCCCUGGAACUUUUCAAUGAACCUGAACGAUUCAGAUUGAAUCACCGACGAUUCAUGGAACCGAGAACCGUCUCGCACUCGGACGUCCGAUUCGUAGUAAGUGUAUUUGGAGGACUUGACUUUUGUAAGAGAUGUAAGUUACUUUAAAAGCUGAAUAGCAGAAAUGUUACACACUGGAAAUAUCUUCACGACUUGAUCAAAAAGUAUACGAAACAUUUGGUUUAAAUAAAUAGUGUUUUAUUAAAACAGUCUUAAAUUCUUUUCAAAGAAGAGAUGAGUUUUAGAAAUGAGUAUUGCUUAAUGCAAAUUAUAUUUACAGUUUUCACAUGAAUUUGUUAUAAAUUAUUUUCAACAUGAAACUGCAAUAAACAAUGUUAUUUAAAAAAAAAAAAUCCAAUUCAUUGAGGACCUCCAGUCACUCACUUCUUGUAUCGAUCAAAUUCAGACUGAGUCUUGUAGAGAACAAGUUAAAAGAGAAAUAGUGUAGCCUAUAAAAUAAAGAUUUGUAAAGAGACAUAUAAUUUACGGUCUUUUUGUUACAAAAAUCACUUUGCCGUUAUCUAUAACUAAUAAUAGCUACUAGCUUUAAGCGUGAUUUAUUCAACAGAUGGAUGUCGUAUUGAAAUCUUAUAGGACCAAUCCUAGUUGUUGAAUGUGCGCAUGCGCAGUAGGUACAUCUGUCUAACAACAGAAGCUAAUGGAAAGAGAGGAUCGUCUGUUUUAAAGAUGGAGGUUCGUGAAGAGAACACGGCGGACGCAGGACAGGGUCACAAAUGGGAGUCGCUGUCUCACUGGGAGCUGGACCAGCGACUGGACCGCGCAGUGGAAGAGAUGAUAGAGGCUGACCUGGUGGCCCAGGUCCAGGAGCAGAUGACCUCUGUGUUAAUGCAGGCCUCUCAACAGGAGGAUUCAGAGCCACCAGAUGAGGCAGAAAAAGCCACUCCUCAGCAGUCAGAGUCUAGGACAGCUGUUCAGGAGUCUGCCUCGCAGCGUUCACAUGAUACUGAAGCCAUGGAGGCAAAUCCUACAGUACAGUAUGUGACAAAUUUUUUGCAAAGCUCCAGCGCAAGCAAGAACCGAUUGUCUGGUAGAGCUAGACGCUCCUUGUCUCACACUGUCCUCCUGUCCCUCACUCUCCUGUCCAAAUGCAUCACCUAUCGCAGCGUAUGCUCUAGGUUCCAUCUGGAGAAGGGAAAUCUUUACAGGAUCUUCUCCACUUUCUGUGAUCAAGUGAUCGCACAAAAGGAUCGGCUCAUUCAGUGGCCUACAGGACAGGAGGCCCUACAACAUCUGCUUCCUUUCUCCUGCUGGCUGAGUCGUAAUGAAGCUCUGGAAGAGAGCGGUCUUCCUCGAGUGCUCGGUGUGCUGGGUGACACACGCAUCCCCAUCCGCCUGCCCACAGGCAAACCGGACCGCGAGAGUGACACUCCAGUAGCCAAGAGACCAAAGAACCAACCACAUCCAGAUUCAUGGCUGAACUUGGAGCUGGUCUGCAAUGACGAAGGCCGCUUCAUUUACUGCCACAUCAGUAAAGGAUCACAAAAAGACAGAGGAAGAGCGUUAGCUGAAAGGAUUCGGCAAAACCCUGAGAUGGUGCCUCCAGGAACCUGCCUGAUAGCCGGAGUCGGAUACCCGCUCACAGAACAAAUACUUACUCCAUUUCCACCAGGUCAAAACCCGCAGGAAAACCUCUACAACAGAUCGGUGGGGAACCAUUUAGACCGAAUCCACCAGGCUGUGGCGGACUUAAAAGAGCGAUUCCAGAAAUUGAGAUAUUUAGAUAUGGGAAACUACGACAAGGCGAAAGCAGUGGUUCUGGCUGCUUGUGUAUUACACAAUGUUUAUCUGGACAUGGGGGACGUGACAAAGGGACUUGUAGAGAGAAGCACACCAGAAGACAUGGAGGAGGUAAACAAAGAUGCUGCUGGGGUGAAAAUGAGGGAGACUGUAGUGAAUCUGCUUUACAGCACAUUGGAAGCAGCACCACAAUAAGUUUUUGAACCAUCAGAGUUUUGGUGGAAUGGACCAAGGUUUCAUUAAAAAUACCUUAAUUUGUGUAUUCAAGAUGAACAAAAGUCUUAUAGGUUUGGAAUAUUUAAAUGAUAAAAGGAGUGUUACUUUUGGGGUGAACUAUGACUUUAAAGCUCUAAGAUCCUGUGUGUAAUUAAUGGAUAUUUGGAUAUAAAACAUAAAAAUAUAAUGUACAAUUUGUCAUUUAUUCACUUUACAUGAAUGCAACAAUUGAAACUAGUUUUUAAAAUAUUUUUACUUUUAGUACUGCGACUUAAACUAAACGUAAGUGAAAAUGUAUGUUUGAGAAGUUUAUUUUAUUUGGUGAUAUGGAGGAAGCUUUAUCAAAAAAAAAAAAAAAAGGGACAAACAUUUUCUAUGAUUUUUAUUAAAACACAAAAAUACUAUGUACAA